AUGGAUACAGAGCGAGCACUUUCUUCGAAGCUAUAUAUAAUGGACCCGGGGUCCAGCAGUUUGGAAGCAACUCAUCUUCUUCAUCAAUCUUCAACUCGCCUUGCUCGCACCUUCUUCCACUCCCGUUCGUCCGCUAUCCUCUUGAGCUUCAAUUCCUCCAUCUCACGUUCCACACUUUCUCCCUUGAAUCAAAUCGGGGAUCAUCCAUCGUCUUUCUACUUCCCCUUCCUCCCCAAUCCCAAUCUCGAUCCGUGGAACCAUUUUCCGGUGAUCGACGCCAGCUUCCAUUCCCUCGGGCCCUGGAUCAUUCACCUAGUCUGUGAAUCACGUACAGAUAGACGCACACUUUUUUUUGGAUCUCACUUCCCAAGAAAAAGAGACAUAAUCAGUCACAAUGGCCAACCAGUGCUCCGGUCAUAA